AUGGCUCAAAGACAGCUCGGCACCGCGGGCGCCGAGCGCAUGAACCUGGUGGCCCAGGACGAGAUCUGGAAAUACCGUCUGAAGGCUGAGUCCGAAGCACGGAAAAACUGGCCCCAGAACUGGGGAUUUUUAACAACCCCUGUGGAGGAGUUGAUCGAGGGUGAAGAAGAAUCCCGCACCCCAAAGCCCAAAAUCCAGCUUCCGGAGCGUUUCCACAUCCGGCAAAUGACCCCUGUGGAGAAGUACAUCAAGGUCCUUCCGUCCCCCCCAGUCCCAMAGACGUCCCAGGGCUUCAUCGGCUGGAGGUCGGCGGUGCCAGGCCUGAACAAGAACCUGCAACUUGACUUUGAGAUCAGAAGCUGCAAGGGGGUCUAUGCCCGAGAGCUGGGCUGGCCUAAGCAAGGCAUCUACUGA